CUGCCUCCACACUGGCAGCUUCUCCUUCCUCUGAGCUUCCUGCUUUCCUUACAGAAGCCCUGUGUUUGCACAUUGGGCCUUCUCAGAUAAUCCAGGGUAAUUGAGUCGUGGAGGAGCCUUCAUAUAACUUGUCUACACAGAAUGCUUUGCUAGUGGGGUAGUGUUCACAGGCCAUGGGGGACUGGUGUGGAUGAAUCUUGGGUGGCCAUUAUCCAACCUGCCACAUCUUUCCUCUCCACCUGUGUCAUCUAAGAGAUAUAUACCCUUAGCCUGAAAUAGAGGGAAAGACCAGGGGAGACUGGGAGCAGUUGACACUGUAGUGUUCUGGAACUUAGAAGCCAGUCCUGAUCACUGUGUGCCUGGAACCUUGGUGAAGAAAACAGGGACAGUGGCGGCGACUUCAGGGCAGUGAUGGUAGAGGGUUAGUUGUGAACAGGCCCAGGCGUCAGGACUGAGCUGUUCCAGAGGGACAUGAGGGCCCUCUUGAGCACCCCAAUCACACCUGAAAGGGAUUGCUGAUUGAGCUGGCCAGCUGCUGAGUUGAUAGGGAAUAUAGAGGUCUAGAUUUUGUCUGAGGUUCAAGUUUAGACUAUUAGCAAGUACUUGAGAAGAACUUGAAUUCCCCACCAAUUUGUGUCUGGGCCCUUGGAGCUUUAGCAUGGGGUGUUGAAGUCUACAUUCUCUAUGGCUACACCGCAUUCCAGAGUUGCUGAGAACUUUUGUGGGGAGGGACCUGCAGGACAGGGCAUGGGGAACAAAUGACUGCUAGGAGGGGUCCUUUACCCUUUCUGCCCCUUAGCUGCCUUCUGUGCCCCAACAGAUGCCACCUCCUACAGAGGUGAGGGGACUUCCAGUCAGCAGAGAAACCUCCCCAAGGUUGCAGACGCUGACGGAUUUGCCCCAGAGUCGGAGUAGCUGCCGCCUGGAGAUUCCACAGCCAUGAGUGGGUUUAACUUUGGAGGCGCCGGGGCCCCUGCUGGCGGCUUUACAUUUGGCACUGCGAAGACUGCAACCACCACAGCUGCCACUGGUUUUUCCUUCUCUACCUCCGGCACUGGAGGGUUUAAUUUUGGGACUCCCAGCCAGCCAACCGCAACCACCCCUUCCACUGGCCUCUUCUCACUCACCACACAGACCCCAACCACACAGACCCCAGGAUUCAACUUUGGAACAACGCCUGCUUCUGGAGGAACUGGCUUCUCCCUGGGGAUCAGCACCCCAAAACCCAACCUGAGUAACACAGCUGCCACAUCCGCUACAGCCAACACUGGCAGCUUUGGGCUUGGCAGUAGCACCCUCACCAAUGCCAUCUCAAGUGCUGGCACCUCCAGCCAGGGGACAGCCCCCACUGGCUUUGUCUUUGGGUCCUCUACCACCUCUGCUCCAUCUACUGGCUCCACGGGGUUCUCGUUCACCAGUGGCAGUGCAUCCCAGCCUGGAGCGUCUGGCUUCAGCAUUGGCUCUGUGGGUAGCUCAGCCCAACCCACAGCACUGUCUGGCUCUCCCUUCACUCCAGCCACGCUGGUGACCACCACAGCAGGAGCUGCACAGCCAGCUGCUGCUGCACCCACUGCUGCCACCACCAGCACAGGGUCCACACUCUUUGCCUCCAUAGCGCCUGCUCCUGCCUCAUCCAGUGCUACAGUGCUGUCCCUCUCCGCUCCGGUGACAACUGCAGCCACUCCUGGUGCUGGAACUCUGGGCUUCAGCCUCAAGGCCCCUGGAGCAGCUCCUGGCACCUCCACCACCAGCACCACCACUACCACCACCACCUCCUCCGCUGCCACUGCUGGCUUUGCCUUGAGCCUGAAACCCUUGGUGUCAACUGGCCCCAGUAGCGUGGCCACUACUGGGACUGCUCUGCCUGGCUCCAGCACAGCAGCUGGGACUACCACAAGUCCUGCGAUGACCUACGCACAGCUGGAAAGCCUGAUCAACAAGUGGAGCCUGGAGCUGGAGGAUCAGGAGCGGCACUUCCUGCAGCAGGCCACACAGGUCAAUGCCUGGGACCGCACACUGAUUGAGAAUGGGGAGAAGAUCACCAGUCUGCACCGCGAGGUGGAGAAGGUGAAGCUGGAUCAGAAGCGACUGGAUCAGGAGCUGGACUUCAUCCUGUCACAGCAGAAGGAGCUGGAGGACCUGCUGAGCCCAUUGGAGGAGUCAGUGAAGGAGCAGAGUGGCACCAUCUACCUUCAGCAUGCCGACGAGGAGCGUGAGAAGACCUUCAAGCUGGCGGAGAACAUCGAUGCUCAGCUCAAGCGCAUGGCACAGGACCUCAAGGACAUCAUCGAGCACCUGAACAUGGCUGGUGGCCCUGCAGACACCAGCGACCCACUGCAGCAGAUCUGCAAGAUCCUCAACGCCCACAUGGACUCCCUUCAGUGGGUGGACCAGAGCUCUGCCCUGCUGCAGAGGAGGGUGGAAGAGGCCAGCCGUGUAUGUGAGGGCCGCCGCAAGGAGCAGGAGCGCAGCCUGCGCAUUGCCUUCGACUAGCCCUGCAUGAAUGGGAGGGCCUUCUUGGGUUACAGGGAUGCUGGCUUUCUGUUGGGUGGGUGUGCUGUUGAGAGAAAAGUUCUUUGGUUUGACUUCCAGUUAGCAGAAGUUGUACAAGGCAUGGCGCUCAUUGAUGUAACCUAUGUGCUCUGGAGCCAGGCAUGAAUGUCACUGAGCUCUGGGCCAGCAUUUAAAGAACAAGGGCAAGUGUUGAAUUCAGUGCUGCCUCACGGCAGCUUCAGUUCUAAUUCGUCCAGCUCAUCCUGACUCAGCCACUCCAGAAUGGCUGUGCCAGUGGGACAGAGCACUCCAAAGGAGAUGCUGGCCAAGAAAUUUACCUGGGAUGGAGACAUGGUGAGUUUGAAAGACCAAGGUUUCUGCAACUCUCCAGCUCCCAUCUAGCCCAUGUCCUCCAGAGCUUCUGCCACACAAAGCAGACUCACCAAGGCACACUGAGCUAACAGUUGUUUGGUGCUCGCUACCUCUUUCACCCCUGGAUUGUGGGCUCCUAUGGCAAGGACUGAUGCCCUUGGGGCCAGAGUGAGAGCAGAUUUGCUUCUGGAUAUCCCAGUGUCAAAUCUAUCUUAGUCACGGUCUUGAAGGCCAGCAGUCAUGUCCUGGUCUGUUUUAUUUCCCUGUACUCUGCUGUAGCCUUUGUGGUCCCUGAUCAAAUAUUGUUCUUCUAAAUAAAGAAAACUUUGUGAAAUCA